GGGGAAUCCUCCAGAAGGCAGGGUUUUCACCUACUCAUAGUUAAGCACAACACGAGUUUUUGCUUCUAAAUAUCAUCAGUUUCAACGUCACCUAUACAUAUAAAUCGCCUCUUCCUUCCCUUUGAAUUCGAGCUCUAUUCCUUGUAUUGGUCAACCGCUACCACGAACAAAAUAUCUAUCAGAAUGGCUCAGGUCCAAGGCCACUGCGACGCCCGAUUUUCCAAGCUACGCGACUUGAUGCAAGAGUUCAUCGCGUCCGGACAAGAUAUCGGUGCCAGUUUGUGUAUUAAUAUCAACGGUGGCGAUAACGUAGUAGAUAUAUGGGGGGGCUACGCCAAUGUAUCGACUAAGAAACCAUGGGAAAAGGAUACGAUAGUAAAUGUCUUCUCGACCACGAAACUAGUCACCAAUCUGGCGGCUCUAAUGCUAAUCUCGCGUGGUGUGCUUGCUCCUGAGGAUAAGGUAGCCCGGCACUGGCCUGAGUUUGCAGCAAACGGGAAGUCAGAGAUCACGGUCGGCCAAGUACUAGCCCACACGGCGGGUCUCAGCGCGUGGCAGGACAAUAUGACGCUGGAGGACCUAUACAACACCGAGGCGGCAACUGACAAGCUAGCGCGCCAGGCACCGCUAUGGGCUCCCGGAACCGCAAUGGGAUACCACGGUAUAACACAGGGAUUCCUUGUCGGGGAGCUGGUGCGAAGGAAAACGGGUAUGUCAAUCGAUAAGUUCGUGACGGAGGAGAUUUGCCGGCCGCUGGGCGAUGGGACGGACUUCCAGCUCGGGUGUCGCAAGGAGGACUGGAACCGGGUGGCCCCCGUUGUGCCUCCACCAGGACCUUCGAUCCAGGAGGUACUUAGCCAACAGGCGGGAUAUAAGCAAGACUCGAUCGCCGUGCGCACGAUUUGUAACCCCUUGCCCACCGCUGAGGACGCCAAUACUGAGCUCUGGCGGUCCAGUACAUUGGGCUCAGUCAACGGCCACACAAACGCUAGAGCGUUAGUCAAGAUCCUCUCCUGCUUCUCGCUCGGCGGCAUAUGUGCGGAAGGAGGCCAUCGCCUACUGUCGGCCGAGACAGUAAAACUGGCGCUUACAGAGCAUGCGACUGGAAUAGAUGUGGUGACAGGGCGGAGCGGGAGACGUGGGCUUGGGAUUUACCUCACCGGGCCUGGAUCGGGGAUCGUUGAUGACAAGCUGCCGGAGGGUAUUGUUGGAUGGGGUAGCGGAUGGGGGGGUUCGGCCGUGGUUAUGGAUAGCGACAGGAGGCUCACAAUCGCGUAUACUAUGAACAGGAUGCUGAGCGCGGAACAUCCUUCCCCAGCAGCAUAUAUCAAGGCAGUUUAUGAGAUACUUGGAGCUACCCAAGCUGCCUAGGAUCUGGACAAGCUUGGUUUAGAAACUGUAUAUUCCUGGGUUUGGCAGAGGUAGGUCAUAUCAGGCGUACAGUGUGAGAAAUAGAUGGCCAGUGUGUCAGGAUGAUCCUCGCCGAGCUUCAUCUUGCGAGUCUCUAUGAUCUGCACAAGAAAUUGCUCCGCCUCCUCCCAUCAGCCUGUAUCCUAUAUGUCAACGCGAGGUUAGCCAUGUCUAGUAACGUGUUGAAACAUUUAAAACUAAAUAUUCUUUUCUUAGCUUUGAGCACUUGGAUUGACUUCGAUAUCG